GCACGAGGGCGUGGUCGGCCAAUGAUAUAUCCAGAAAAAGAGAGGCCAAAUGCUUCUGAAGUCAAGAGAGGAAGAGGACGUCCCCCCUUGCUAAACAAACAGCUGCCUUCUCAACAAAAUCCUGAUCGUUCUCCAAGUCUACGCCGACCAGGUCGCCCCCCACGCACAGUAAGUCAUCCACCCUCCAGCACCGAUUUUGGUGGUGGUAAUAUAGAGGCAGAGGCUGAAAUCGAGGAGAGCAACUCUUCCUGUCCAAGAAAUGAAAAUGAGAAUCAUUUGGAGGAAGCACCUGUAGAAAGUAAAUCAGAGGAUAGGCCCAUUACAAAUGAGAUAGACAAAAAUGGUAACCAGGGGAGGUACACCUCAGGCAGUUUUAAAAAUAGUUGUACUCAUCAAGAGGCCCAAAGUGCUGGGGAAAGCAGCAUGGAAAAUAACUCGGGUCCUUUGGUUGAUAUUAGUAAGCCGAAUGAACUAAAUGGAGACAAAAGUUCCCCUCAGACCCAAGACUACAUUGAUUUAACCAAUGAGGGGGACGAGGUGGGCGAGACAUUUCAUCCCGACCAGUCAAAGCUUUCUGAUGGUGAAAGAAAAUCAGAAUCCCAGAGCGAGUCCAGUAUAACAAACACAAUGCCUGCCAAUUCUGAAAACAAUGGUGAAGGCUCGGGUGCCACAUCAUCAGCCGCCGGAACCGGGACUGGUGACAUCACUGUCAAAGAUGAUGAUGCUGGCGAUGCGCCCCCACAGCUGCGCACCCUGAACGAUGCUUUAAAAACAACAGGGCAAAAACUGAGGAUCAUCAUCAGGUCCCCUAAUGUGGUUGCGGCCCAGAAAAUUGGAGAACUCAUCAAGAAAACCGCGAUGGGCGUCAACUCCAAGCAAUCUGAAAUUACAGUGACCACCACCGACUCUAGC